AUGGCAGGGGGGAGGGCGCGGCGCGCGUGCCGACGGCAGGGCGGGAAGGCCGCCGAUUGGCCGCGGGGAGCCGGCCUCCUGGCCAAUCGCAGCCUGGGAGGCGGGGGCCGCGGGUCAGGUGGGCGGGGCGGGAGGUGCGUAGGCGCGGCGAGUGGGCGGGGCCGCCCCGCACCACCCGCCAAUGGGCGCGCCUGGCGGCGGCGGCGGCGACCAAUCGGGGAGGAGGGGCCGCGCGUGGCGGGAAAUGGCGGCGGCGCGGCGGCGGCGGCGGCGCUGCUGGAGCGGCUCAAGGCGCUGGCGUGUCCCCCCGUGGCGGGGACGGCCCCGGCGGAGCUCCCCGAGGCCCUGCGGCUGCUCUGCGCCCCUCGGCCCGGCGCCUGGCCCUGCUCGAGUGGAUCUGCUGCCGGGUGCACCCCCCCCCUCGGCGCCCGCCUGGCCGCCCUCGAGGACGCCCCCGAGGACGCCCGGCUUCGAGAACUGGUCAAACUGGGAGCAGAGCUGAUGCUGUGCCGGGCCGAUGACCUGCCGCUGGUGGAGGGCACGGCGCCCCCCCAGCAGCAGCUCGAGUUCAUGACGGACCUGCUGGACGCGGCCCCCCCGCCGGAGGAGGAGAGCCAGGACCCCCCCACUGGCAGCUCGGAGGCGCUGCGCCGGGCGGUGCUGAGCACCGAGGGGUUCCUGCGCGAGUUUCUGGAGAGCCCCGAGGUGGGGGCGGCCCUGGCCCCCCCGCCCCCCCCGCCCCCUCCCCACCUUCGGCCCCGCCGACGGCCCCGGCGGGCCCAGGCGUCCGGGCAAGCGGACGCUGCGGGAGCUGGCGGCGGCCCUGGAGGAGACGACGCGGCGCCUGGAGCUGCUCAGGGCGCAGCACCCCGAGCUGGGGGGGCCGCCCGGCGAGGCCCCCCCGGCCCUGCUGACCCUGGGGCUGGCGGCCCGCGACCUCGGCGCCCUGGCGACGGCCUUCGGAGCCACGGAGCUGCGGGACCCUGGGGGCCCCCCGAGCCGUGGGGCGCCCCCCCGCUGCAGCCCCUGCGGCCCCCUGGCCCCCCGUGUCCACCAGGGCCUGCAGCACCUCGUGCAGAGCCUGGAGGCGGCGGCGCAGCUGGGCGACACGGCGGCGGGGGUGGCGCGGCUGGCGGGGGGGCGCCCGGCGCCAGGCCCUGGCCGCCCGCGUGGCCGCCCUGCAGCGCCGCUACCACGUCGAGGAGGUGCCCCAGGACUGACCCCCCCCCCCCGCCCGGACGCCUGGGCCCGCUCUGCCAGGGGGGGGGGGGGGGGCUGCGCUCGGCCCCCCCCCCGCCUCCCUUCUCCCCCCCCAUGGCGGCUUCACCCCGUUACUGCUGCUCUGGGGGGCGGUGGGGGGGGAAUAAAGCGGUGCUGAAAACUGUAAAGUUGCGUUAA